UACCGAAUGCCUAAAAAGUUGCCCAAGAUAUCUCUGCAUGCGCCGACAGUUGAGGACAAACAUUGACUUCAGUGGGCUCUACUAUGUUUGGGCCUUCUUGUUGGAUUGAGUCCGUGGGCCUAAUAUUUUAACGAACAGACCGGCCCAGGAAACAAAAUUAGGCCCAAAAUGCUGCAUUUGUACAAUUCUUGAAGAGACGAUGGUCUCGUAAACGGCGUCGUCAGGUAUUGCCGUUAUAAGAAUGAUUGUUACACAGAGUUGAAGGAGCCCUUUUGAUUUUGCGUUUCGUUAGUGAUUUGAGUAUGGACAAGAGCAUGCUAGGAGAUUUGGAUAAUCUUCCGGAGGAAGAUAAGCUCAGAAUGUCCGCCAUGAUCGACCAGCCCCAGAUCCGUGACAGAAAUUUGAAGCAUGCCUCGGUUUAACCCGUGCCAAUGUGAAAAUGUCACAACCGCACCAGGCUCUCGUCCUCGUACAGAAAAUGGUGAAAAGCCCACCAUUGAAAGCCCUCUCACUCUUCCACUCGUCAACUCUCCAAGGCCUUCAACACAACCACCUAUCCUUAUCCUUCAUCAUGCACCACCUCCUCUCUUGCAAGAUGCUAUAUCACGCUGAGUCUCUCAUUCUACAAGUGCUCUCUGGUCGAAUCUCUUCCCCUACCUUCACUCCUUCAUCUCUUCUCCAGUAUUUGACGCAAACCCAUUUGAAUGCAGAUUCAACCCAUGUUCAUCUCUAUGAAGCAAUCAUCAAUGCUCAUGUCCUAUCUCAAUUACCAGAGCAAGCCCUCUUCUACUUCAAUAUGAUGAUUGAAAAGGGCGUUGUGCCUGUACGAAACACUUUCAAUAAUCUUUUGGGUUCUCUUAUCAAAUCAAAUUCUUUUGAGAAAGCUUGGGCUGUUUUCAAUGAAACAAAGGGUAAGGUUGAAAUGGAUAUUUAUAGUUUUGGAAUUAUGAUUAAGGGUUGUUGUGAGGCUGGUGAAUUGAAUAAAGGGUUUGAGCUUUUGGUUCAGUUGGAGGAGAUGGGUUGGUCUCCAAAUGUUGUUAUAUACACUACUUUGAUUGAUGGGUGUUGUAAGAAUGACGAUAUUGAUCGGGCCAAGAAGUUGUUUAUUGAAAUGGGAGAGCUUGGUUUGGUUGCUAAUCAAUACACUUACACAGUGUUGAUCAAUGGGUUUUUCAAGAAAGGCCUAAAGAAGGAUGGUUUUGAGCUCUAUGAAAAAAUGAAGCACAACGGGGUUGUUCCCAAUAUAUAUACUUAUACCUGUAUGAUUAAAGAGUAUUGUGAUGAGGGGAGAACAAGUAGCGCAUUUGAACUGUUUGAUGAAAUGCGUGAAAGAGGCGUGGUUUGUAAUGUUGUUACAUUCAAUACUUUGAUUGGUGGGUUGUGUCGGGCGAUGAGGGUUUGGGAGGCUGAGAAGUUGGUGGAUCAAAUGAAGAGGGUUGGUAUAAGUCCAAAUUUAAUUACGUAUAACACACUGAUAGAUGGGUUUUGUAAUGUUGGAAAGUUGGACAAGGCUUCAGAUUUAUUUGAUCAGUUGAAGUCAAUUGCCCAAUCUCCAAAUCUAGUGACUUAUAAUAUUCUAAUUGCGGGUUUUUGUAAAGCUGGAGAUUCAGUGCAAGUUGCUGGUUUGGUAAGGGAGAUGAAGGAGAGAGGCAUUACUCCUUCCAAAGUUACAUAUACAAUUCUAAUUGAUGCCUUUGUUCGAGCAGAUGACAUGGAGAAGGCAUUUCAGAUAUAUUCUUCCAUGGAGAAGGUUGGUUUGGUUCCAGAUGUUUAUACGUAUGGUAUCUUAAUAAAUGGUUUAUGCAUGAAAGGUAAUAUGAAGGAAGCCUUAAAGCUGUUUAAGUCAAUGAGUGAGAUGCAUUUAGAGCCAAAUGAUGUGAUAUAUAACACAAUGAUUCUUGGCUACUGCAAAGAGGGUAGCUCCUACAGGGUGUUGAGGUUGCUUCAAGAAAUGAAUCAGGGUGGAAUGGUUCCAAAUGUGGCUGCCUACAGUUCAACCAUUGGAGUUCUUUGCAAGGAUGGAAAGUGGAUUGAGGCUGAAAUUGUACUUAAAGCGAUGGUAGAUUCAGGUUUAAAACCAUCCAUUUCUAUCUACAAUAUGAUUUCUAAAGCCAAAAAUGAUAUACAUGAUUCAAAAUGAUUGCCUGUAUUUUUAUUUUUUUUUCUAAACGAUGAGAGGCAAAAAUAGCUCCCCCUUUUUAUAGAUGUCGUCUCAUGACGGUUGCUGCUAUGAGAAUAGUCAGACUUCGAAAGACUUAACUAGUGGUAGGAGAUUCUAUUUUUGGUCUGAAUUCAUGUGAUGAAACGAUUCUAUUU